GCUUAGUUUAACCAUCGUACUCAAAGAACACCCUGUCAGACUCAACUACAGCACAAUUUGCUAUCUAGAUUCUCAAAGACAGUAGACAGCUAAGCAAUCCAAAAUGCUGCAUCAACUUGUGCUGCUCUCUGCCCUUUGCGCCAUGAGCAUGACCCUGCCUUUACCUGAAUUUUACUCAUACUCCACCGCUGUUGGUGAAGGCAAUGGAAACGAAUUUUCCACUGCUCAUGACGGUCGCAUCAGGGGAAUCAGAGUUUAUGAAUAUUCCAACAAUGGAUACUACUAUAGCUAUAGUUACAUCAAUGGGAUCCAGCUAAAUUAUGACAGUAACUGGACAGAACUGGUUGGCGUGAAAUAUUAUGGCAAUGAAAGGGAGAUAACACUCUUCGACAAUGAACAUUUCAUUCAGGUCUCUGGAAAGUAUUAUUCUGGUUACAUCAGUGAGCUUCUGUUUGUCACUAACGAGGGGCGCUUUUUUAAAGUGGGGCAACCUUCUGGACUUUCAUUUAACUUCUACCCGACCCACGAUGGAAGUGAACUACGUUUCCUCAGCGGUCGUCAGAAUGGAUUUGCCCUCACCUCCAUUGGUGCUCAUUGGGCUGUCUACUAAAAUUCCACUAUAUAAAGUCAAAAAUAUCUUACAGGCUGCACACUGUGUGUAUGUUAAGUAGCAGCCUACUCAUGUAUUUUCUUGAACUCUUUAUGAUGGAUGAAAUUAGGGCCUUUUUAAGUUGUCUGUAUUAUUAGAAUGACUUCUCAUUAAUAAUUUACUGAUUCAUUAAUGAAUACAAUGCUAUAAGAAGACUGGUUAUAUACUAAAUUUGUUUUAUUCCUAACAAUAAGAGCUUCCUCUUUAACACAAUAAUGAUUUUCCAAAAUGGACAUAGUCUCAACAGAAAAUAUAUACAUAUUGUGAUUUUGUUUUUUAAUUUUUUCUUCUUUUUAAAGCUAACUAUUAAACUUUAUGUGUCGAAGUUGAUUUUUUAAUUAAAACACUUAUUAAUGUUACAUGAAGAUCACAAUAAAACUUCCUUAUUAAAACAUUC